GGAGCGAACGAAGCCUGGUGUGGAUUCAAGCGUUUACCCACAAUGAAGGAGAGGAUUCCAUGCUCUCUCACUCGUUCAUUUGGGCGAACAUGGGCUGUUUUCUCUCUUGGGUGAUGCACGCAGGUUUCAGUCCUGUCGGAACAGGGGUAAGGGGGCCUUGCCGUUUGCCGGGCUCCAAGGGCGCUUGCGGUGGGUCCGUCGAGAAAUGGCAGCCCACAAGCCGUCACCCUUCGAGGCCGUCGAACAUUUGGCUGCGAACAAGUCGGCAGGGUCGCAUGUGGAGUGAUCAAGAGCGGGCCAAUGGCUGA